CCUGGUUUGCUUUCUUGAGCGUGGAGAGCGAGAACGAUGUAUCGACGAUCCUACAGAUUGCUCUCGAGGCACUCGGUUCUAGCUAGCCGAGUUACUGACUCGGUCCCGUCUGCGAGGCCCUCGUUUCGUCAUACACCGGCCUCGCAAUUCCUCUGUUUCCUACACCGAACUGUUCCGAAAUUGCAAUUACAGUUCCCGAUUCACUCGAUAACAUACUCUACUCACUCAGCGUCGGAGGUGGAUGUUGACAGGGAAGUGGACAUGAUAAACCUUAAGUUUGCGGAGGCAAGAGAGGAGAUUGAGAUGGCUAUGGAGUCGAAAGAGACCGUCUAUUUCGAUGAAGAAGCAGAAUGCGCGCGGGCUGCGGUGAAGGAAGUCGUCGAUAUGUUUGAGGGGCUCCUAGGCAAGCUGCCUGAGAGCGAAAGGGCGGCAUUGCAGCGAUCGAUGGGGCUCAAGAUUGAGCAGUUAAAGGCUGAGAAUAAGCAGUUGGAUGAUUGAUCAGGCAAUUGAACGGACAACUACUCUCAAACCUGCAUUUGGUGUAUGUAGAAACGCCAAAAACGCACAGUAAUUCUGCUUUUAUCUUGAAUUCCCAAUCCCUCCAUGUAGAGUUAUGAAUCUCCAACAGAAGUACAAGACAAAAGGUGCUCUGCCUUUCUCUUCUCUUUUGGAUUGUUUUGAUGGAUUGUUAUGACUUUUAAGGCAUGGGACCUGUGUGGCUGUGUUGAAUGACUGAGUCGGCCAUGUAAGAACCAAAAAGAGGAAGUUUAUGGUAGACCACUAAUGUUUCUAUGUUUUUUUUUUCUGAAAGAUGUUAGAAGUGAUAGAUCAUAGAUGAUAGAUGUAUGGACCAAGUGAAGCAUUUGUGACAAACAAAAAGGAAGUCCAAGUGAAGUGAAA